AAGGGAAGGAGAGAGAGACAGAUCAGUUGCCGCAGGAGGGCACAGAGUGUGCUGUCCACUGAAGACUGAUCCUGAUGAGGUUUUGCUCUCUCCCUCCUCUUCCCCUCAGGUGUACAACUCCUCUGAGAUCUUCUGAUACAAUGGCCUCUUCUGAUAUUAAAGUAAAGGAGCUGGACAAGCGGGCCUCAGGCCAGGCCUUUGAGGUCAUUCUGGGUGAUCCUGCCCCAGAGGUGAAGGGAGACUUCCCUCUCUCUCCACAGAAGAAAAAGGAUUGGUCACUGGAGGAAAUCCAGAAGAAACUGGAAGCAGCCGAAGAAAGGCGCAAGUCCCAUGAAGCUGAAGUUCUGAAGCACUUGGCUGAGAAGCGUGAGCAUGAAAAGGAGGUACAGCAGAAAGCUCUGGAGGAGAACCACCAUUUCAGCAAGAUGGCGGAGGAGAAAAUGAAUCAGAAAAUGGAAGCUUGUAAAGAGAACCGUACAGCAAGGAUGGCAGCCAUGACCGAGAAAUUCAAAGAGAAGGAUAAGAAGCUGGAAGAGGUCCGAAGAAACAAGGAGAACAAAGAGGCAGGGAUCUAACCUGCUCCAUGGAGGGUUGAAGGUUUUUUAAGGGAGGGGAAACCAAAGCUUUUUCACUUCUUUACUGGACAUGUUCAUGUCCUUUUUUUUUUUUUUUUUUUUUAAAUAAAUAAAACCUGACUUUCACUGACCUAACAUCUGAUUGUGCAUUAUUUUCUAAUGUGCUUUUUGGAAUGGGCAUUUUGUAGUCUUGGCAUUUUGAAGGAAGCAUGUUGCUGUUACACAUUAAGCUCCUCAAUUUCUAUUCAUGCAGCCUGCACUCUGUGCUAGUAUGUUCAGUCUGUUCUUGCACUUAUGAAUUUUUAUUUUUUAAAUUCUUAAAAUAAGGGGCAGCUAUGGGUUCUCCGUCAUUAUCAGGCGUUUGGUGUUUCUGGAAUAAACUCCUUGUACUGCUGUGUAAAUGCAAUCCCACCCUAAACUUUUCCUACUUCUCCUUGCUCCCUCUGUCUUGUGGCUGGUUUUACUUUCCUGCUGUAAAAAAUGACCAAGGGUUAAUUGUGACUAGGCAGUUGGACUGUUUCUUUUUCUCUAGGGUAGCCAUUUUGGCUUGGAGGGAUAAGGCUGUACUGUAUGUGUACUGUAGAAUGCAAAAGAGCAAUACCUUUUGGUUAUGUUGACUUCAGUGUGGGAAAAUAAUAAAACGUUCCAAGACUAAA